AUGACAUUUCAAGAGGCUUUGAGCCCCCGAGUUAGAAUAGAUUCUUUCUGGUCCGACGAUGAUACACUCAAAGAAAAUGAGGAGGUACUUGAUCUUGAGUGUAUGGGUAAUAUGGAUUAUGAUAUCGAUCGAUGUGCUUCGUUCUCACUACCGGACAUGCUAUUCCAACAAGUGGUAUGAAAAGAAACUUGUUUCAGAACUUUCAAGAAAUAUUUUGCUAAUAUUAAAAAGAAAAUCGAGGAGUUUUGGAAUCUGUCCGAUUCACUGUCAAUAAAUCAGAACUGUGAUGGACCAUUAUCAAGGUUCAAAAAUUUUAAUCAUUAUUUCAACUCGACAACUUCGGCAGGGGUGGUAUCGCACAUGAUUACAGGAAUUCAUAAACUCAUACAUUUGAAAGCCAGAGGUGAUCCAGUUGAGCUCGAGGCUUUGAAAUACAUCGAUUUCAAUACACUUGAAUUAUCUGUUGAGCCAAGAGCAGGGAGAAAUACUUUUAAUGCCUCCGACGACCAAUCACAGUUUCAAAUAAAUGUGAAAGCUUCUAAGACUUACGUCUUCAUGGCUUCAUUUAAACUUUUCACCUCUAAAUACAUUUAUUCACCUACAGAGCUCAACCCAGAAAUUUUCUGUACGCUUAAUCGUUUCCUAAGGUCUUCUGGUGAUGACAAAGCGAGUCGAACCAUGGGGCCGAAACAUUCAGAACAGUACUUUGGUCUCUCAAACCAAUGCCAAUGCAAGAUAGGAGUCCACAGCUGGUUGAAAGGGUUCAUUCAACAAAUCAAUUCUAGAGACCGAAAGGCAGGAAAAUCAGAGAAUCCAAUUUAUCAUAUAUCUCGGCUCUAUCUGAGGUUUAUCAACCGCAACUGUUUCGGUGAACAAUCCAAACAGGUGACUAUGAUUUUACUUCAGUCAUUUGGCAUAAAAUGGAUGCACUAUAUGGUGUUGCCUUUUGAUGAAAACGAGGAGGAAUUUCAAGAAAUCAUGAGUAAACCGAUAGAUAUGCCUAUCCGAAAGUUACCAAAGUAUCUAGAGAAGGUAUUGGCUAGAAACCUCGACAGAAUUAUUGCACAUUCAAAUGGGAACGACAUCCAACUAAACAAUUCAAGUUACGAUUCAUACUCAGAAGUUAACAAUGUCGACGCUGCGGCGAUUUCUUCCCAGACGAAUGGUAGGAAACCAAAACCAAACCCUUAUGAAGACAUUCGCGAUACCAAGUUGCUACUCAACAGUGUCUCUUCACAGUUAGAACCUAUCUUGGUAUCUCACGCCCAAAAUUCUCCGGAUUGUGUAAAUGAAGAAAACCCUACCGGCGCUAGCACAUCCCCAGGUUUCCAUUCCGAAAUAUCCAGAUCAAAUGGAUCUUGCGAAAGACGACCAGUUGGCACUGGACCAACUUCUACACUCGAGAGAAGGAAUUCAUGUCUCAAAUGCUCCACAGUUUGGUUCUGGAACAAGGAAUGUGAUAUUUGUGGCUGGAAGCUGGUCCAAGAAGAUUUUUCUAAUAGACGGACGCAAGCGCCCAAGAUGACAAAGAUGUUCAACAAAACCAAAAUAUCAAAGAGAGGGUGCCCUGGGUGUUAUAUAUGUGAAAAGCCUGAAUUUUUAGGUUUAUGUCAUAAUUAUGGCUUCAGAAAAUCCUUGCCGGUGGUAUCUGAUGAAUGGUCAACAAUGUCCGAGUUGUCAAGAUCUGCAUCACCAGAUAAGAAGAAACCUCGUCCCGAGAGGAAAGAUCCAUCUCCUGACACGAACAGUUGUCCCCAAUGUGGAGCACUUGAAUUCUAUGGAAUCUGUUAUAUCUGUAGCUAUGGAAUGUGGAUAGCGCCAUCAACUAUGAAGAGGAAAAGUCCCACCUUGGAUUGUAACAAUGACACAGCCGAAGAUUUUAAUAGAACUAGGAUCACUAAAGGUCAAGAUCAAAUGGUUUUCCGAAACUUUAUGGACAGUCACCAAACUAGGCAUCGAUGUGUGCGUCUCGGGCGUUUGGCGAUGAUGAUUAAGAAAAAUGGAAGGAACCCUAGGCUCGCCACUCAGAUGCGUCGUCGUUUAGCUUCCCGUUGGAAAUAUUUCGCUCCCCAAACGGCAAUGGGUGUUCCAAAAAUAACUUCUGAUGAAUACUUGAGGGUUACGAGGGUAUUUUCGGAGACCAAAGUUUCACGCCUGCAGACGGUGGAAGCUAAUCCUCAUGCCACCAGUGAAAAUAAUCAGGAAAUCCGACAUGCCAAUAUUUUGGAAGCGACGAGUACAACGCAAACAGAUAAUGAGGUUUAUGUAAAUACUACUCAAUAUCCAAAGGUAGAAUCUCCAGAUGAAUAUUAUGCAUCAUCAAGGCAUUCAAAGGAAGAAAGUCCUAAUACGAGUCGAUCUAAUUACUUAACUUUAGUCAAAAAAAGUAGAAGUUAUAAUACGCAACCUCAGUUAGAAAACCCAGAGACAAGGAUAGUUGAUAGUUGUAUCCCAAUUCAAGAAGGGCCUGAAGAAUGUGAACUUCCACCUGUAUCUCUUGUCAGAAGAGGAACGCAGUGGCUUUCGGCCUUUCCCUGCGCAAUGGCUGUUGGUAUUAGAAGUCUCUUGGGCUUUCGGAAAGUCCGUAGUUUAUACGAUGAGGAAGCAGCUGUAGAUAUCGAGCUUCCACGGUGGCUAGACGAGGAUGUGGAUUCAUUUCGGUGCAAAAGGUUGCGCUUUUGA